GGCGACCCCUGGCUCGGCUCCGGAAGGUGCCCCCGUUGACGCCGCCCUGAGCCCUGCCCUCUCUUGCAGCGCGUCCGCCAUGGUGCUCAAGGCCUUCUUCCCCACGUGCUGCGCCUCGGCGGACAGCGGCCUGCUGCUGGGCCGCUGGGUGCCGGCGCAGAGCAGUGCGGUGGUGCUGGCGGUGGCGCACUUCCCGCUGGUGCCCGUCCAGCUCAAGGAGCUGCUGGCCGAAGUGCAGCGGGCCGGCCAGGUGGGCGUGGCUGUGCUGGGCACCUGGUGCCACCGCCGGCAGGGCCCGGGAGAGAGCCUGGGCCCCUUCCUGGAGGGCCUGGGCACCAUCUUCCCGCACGAGCCCUGGCUGCAGCUGUGCCGGGAGCCGGGCAGCCAGCGCUGGGGCUGCAAGGCCAGCGGCUGGCGGGGCCCCGCUGCCCCCAGCGGCCCCCAGGUCAUGCUGGUCUUCUACGACCAGCGCAAGGUGCUGCUGACCCGGCUCCACCCGCCCGCUGCCCUGCCCGACCACCAGGCCGGCGCCGCCUCGGCCCACGCGGGGGCCCUGGCCACCGUCUUCGACACCGUGGCCCGCGGCGAGGUGCUCUUCCGCUGCGACCGCUUCACCGAGGGCCCCGUGCGGCUGAGCCACUGGCAGUCCGAGGGCGUGGAGGCCAGCAUCCUCGCGGAGCUGGCCAGGCGGGCCUCGGGGCCCGUCUGUCUGCUGCUCACCGGCCUGCUGUCCCUCGUGUCCGCCGCCAGUGCCUGCCGCGUGUUCCGGGUGUGGCCACUGUCGUUCGUCUGGAGCAAGCUGUCCACCUGCGAGCAGCUGGGGCACCGGCUGGAGCACCUGAGGCUGGUCUUCAGCACCCGGCGCGCCGAGGACCCGGCCCAGCGGAUGAGGAAGGCCAACGCGCUCGUCUCGGUGCUGCUGGACGUGGCCCUGGGCCUGGCACUGCUGUCCUGGCUGCACGAGAAGGACCGCCUGGGGCGGCUGGCCGAUGCCCUCGUGCCCACGGCCGAUGUGAGCAGGGGCCUGGCUGGACACCGGCUCCCAGGGGUGGGGUGCAGACCUCGGGCGCAGCCCCGGGAGGGGCGGGGCCAGCCUGAGCGCGCCCUCCGCAGGCUGUACCACCUGAAGGUCUGCGGUCUGUCCUCUCUGUGGCGCCUGUUCCGAGGGAAAAAGUGGAACGUGCUUCGCCAGCGGGUUGACUCCUGCUCGUAUGACCUGGACCAGCUGUUCAUCGGGACGCUGCUCUUCACCAUCCUGCUCUUCCUGCUGCCCACCACGGCCCUGUACUACCUGGUGUUCACCCUGCUCCGGCUCCUGGUGGUCGUGGCGCAGGGCCUGACGCACCUGCUCGUGGACCUGGUCAACUCCCUGCCGCUGUACUCGCUCGGCCUCCGGCUCUGCCGGCCCUACCGGCUGGCAGCUGGCGUGAAGUUCCGCGUCCUGGCCCACGAGGCCGGCAGGCCCCUCCGGCUCCUGAUGCAGAUCAACCCCCUACCCUACGCCCACGUGGUGCGUGCCUACCGCCUGCCACGCUGCGGCUGCACCCCCCAGCACUCCUGGGGUGCCCUGUGCCGCAAACUAUUCUUCGGGGAGCUGAUCUACCCCUGGAGGCAGAGGGGAGGGGACAAGCACGACUGAGACGGCCACACCACGCCCACCUGUCGGGUGACUCCGGAGACCUGGGCCUGGCAGGGCAGAGGCUGGCCAGCCUGAGCCCUCUGCCCUCCAGGCCAUGCCC